AGUUGAGAUCAGGUAAAAUCAGUAAUUGAGUGACAAUGGUGCAAGAUACCGUCGCGACCAAUAUCCCAUUGGAAGAUGCAUUGGAAAAAACAGCAUUUGGAAAAUUCAAUUGGAUCCUGAUUAUACUAUCGGGGGCGACACUGGCCGCCGUUUUUAUGGAAACAAUUAGCAUUAACGUUAUUUUACCGGUUGCACAAUGUGAUUUACGGAUGAACAAUCAGGACAAGGGUUUGCUGAGUGCCAUUGGAUUCAUUGCGGUUAUUGUUUCGUCACAUCUUUGGGGAUUCCUUGCCGAUACUCGUGGAAGGAAGAAAAUUAUCGUCACAUCUCUAUUUAUCGCCUUCUUCAUAUCCAUCCUAUCAACGUUGACUCAGUCGUAUUGGUUAUUCGUUGCGUUGCGAUUUUUGAAUGGAUUUUUUGUUUCUGGGCCUUCAGCGACAACAUUUGCGUACUUGGGUGAAUUUCAUUGUCUCAAAGAUAGAUCGAAAGUUAUGAUGCUAGGCUCAUUUACGUAUGCAUUUUUCUGCUUUUGGAAUCCGAUUUUCGCUGCGAUUAUUAUUAAUCAGGACUGGACAUUUUACAUUGAGACAAUCAACUUACUCUUCAAACCGUGGCGACUUUUUAUGAUUAUCUGUGCCAUUCCCAGUGUCUUAACUGGAUGUUGUAUGGUAUUUAUGCCUGAAUCGCCAAAAUUUACAUUCUCCCAAGGUAACGAACUAGAAACACUAAAAAUCUUGCAACGCAUCUACUCGUGCAACACAGGAAAGCCAGCUGAAACAUACAAUGUAACAUCGCUGGCAAAAGACGCAGAUUUUGAUGAUCAGAAGACCGGUCACACUAAUUUGUUUCACUUUAUGUGGACCCAGACGGUUCCAUUGUUCAAACAUCCCCAUCUGAGAAACACAUUGACCGCAUGCUACAUUCAAUUCUGCAUUUUCAAUUCACACAGUGGAUUCUGGACGUUUUUCCCAGAAAUCACAAACAGAAUCGCUAUUUGGAGGAAUGAUGCAUCACAUGUCUCAUCUACGGUCUGUCAAGUGCUCAACGACACGCAAGUUAUUUCAAACGAAGAUGCAACAUUGUGCGUAACAAAAUUGGACAGCUCCGCCUAUCAAAGCAUUUUCAUUUUGAUUUCGGUCUACUGUUUCGGUUGGUUGGCUAUGUCGCUGAUUAUUAAUCGUAUUGGAAAGCUUAUCAUAAUGACGACGUUGCUAUUCUCCUGCGGAAUAACUGGAUUUUCUCUCAUCUUUGUUGACCAGCCUGUAGUUUCAACCUACUUAUAUAUCGGUCUAAUGACCGUUGGUCUGACGCUCACAGUGUUGAACGCAUCGACGGUGGAACUAUUUCCAACUAAGUUAAGAGCCAUGGCGCUGUGUCUGACUCUAAUGUCUGGUAGAAUCGGCAGCGUUAUCGGAUCGAACGUAAUGGGAGCACUGCUGGAUAACUAUUGUGUCUACACAUUUGUUAUGCCCACAACUCUGUUGAUAUCGAGCGGCUUUCUCGCAUUUACAAUUCCAAAUAUUUCAAAGAGAAUUUUUAAAUAAACCGUCGACUGUGAAACUGUUGUCAUGUCGUGAA